AUGACCGACACAUCUAUCCCCUCGUCGGCUUUCGAGUCUCUGCUCCCAAAACUUCUGGCGACCCUCGAGCUCACUCAACAGGAGAGCACAUCGACUCCCCAAGCUAAACAAGCUCUGCUUCACGCUACCAACGAUUUCAAGGCAUCUUUGAGCCGAGCGAAAGGACUGGCCAACGCAUUACCCGGAGGAGAACUGUUGAUUGAGGAACAGGAUGAGGUUAUCGCCAUGCUUGAACGACUUCGAGAUAAGAAAAGGCACCAGUUGAACGAAUUCACCAAACUCGAUCUCAAGACACCAGCCCAAGCACGCCCAGGCACAAGGGCUGACAGGAUGGACAUCGACUCAACAGCUUCGACUCCUGCGUGA